GACCCCUCUGCAAAGAUGGAAGCGCCUCGGUUGGGGAACCCCUACCUGGAAGACCCCUUGCUCCAGGGUUACCUGAGAUCCCAUCUGCCUGCCCAGGUGUUUGCCGAGGUGAACGUUGACCUGGAACGGUUCGGAGCUCGUGUGAGAGAUGAAAUUGACUUCUUGGGCCGUGAGUGUGAGCUAAACCCACCCAGAUUAUUGCAUUUUGAUGCCUGGGGACAACGUGUGGACCAGAUGAUCACCUGCCCAGCCUGGAAGAGGCUGAAGGACAUCUCUGCUGAGGAGAGCCUUGUGGCUGAAGGUUACAAAAGGAGAUACUCCUGUUGGAGCCGUGUUCAUCAGGCUGUCAAGAUGUAUCUUUUUAUAAAUUCUUCUGCUUGCUACCCAUCUUCUCUAGCCAUGACUGAUGGAGCAGCAAAAGUAAUUGAGUCUUUAGGUAUCCCAAAACCCUUGGAGGAAGCCUAUGCUCAUUUGACAUCAAGUGACCCCAAGACAUUCUGGAUCUCUGGCCAAUGGAUGACUGAACGCAAAGGCGGCUCUGAUGUUGGAGGUGGAACAGAAACUGUUGCACGGGAACUUCCAGAUGGCUCCUAUAGCCUGCACGGUUUCAAAUGGUUCACAUCAGCGGCUGAUUCAGACAUGACGUUGACCCUGGCAAGGAUCGUGGGCCCUGAUGGGCAGAUAAAACAGGGCUCCAGGGGCCUCUCUCUCUUCUACCUGAAAACAUAUGAGGAUGGGAAGCUGAACGGCAUAAAAAUAGAGAGGCUGAAAGAGAAGAUGGGCACGAGGCCGUUGCCAACUGCAGAGCUGUUGCUGGAUGGAGCUCGAGCACACCUGAUCACUCCAGAAGGCCAGGGGAUACAUUACAUUGCCAAUAUGAUGAACAUCACUAGGAUCUAUAAUACUGUGUCUGCAGCAGCAACUAUGAGAAGAAUUGUUGACCUGGCACGGGAUUACACCACCAAAAGGGAAGCCUUUGGAAAACCCCUCAAGGAUCACCCUUUGCAUAUGCAAACUCUGGCACGAAUGGAGGUGCAAAGCCAAGCAGCGUUCCUCCUGGCGAUGGAGCUGGCGAGACUGCUUGGCCUGGAAGAAACGAAGAAGGCGACGGAGCAGGAGAAGCACAUGCUGAGGCUGCUCACCCCUCUCGCUAAACUUUAUACGGCAAAGCAGGCUAUCGCUGUGACCUCGGAAGGCUUGGAGUGUUUCGGAGGACAGGGCUUCAUGGAAGACACAGGACUGCCUGUUUUUUUUCGGGAUAUCCAGGUGCUAUCAAUCUGGGAGGGAACCACCAACGUCCUGUCCCUGGAUGUUCUGCGCUGCAUUCUCAAGAGCCAAGGAAAAGUGCUGGAUGUCUUUUUCUGCACUGCCCAGGCCAAGUUGGAGGCAGCUACCCAGCAGUCCGAACUGCAGGCUUCUGUGCAAAUAAUUCAGAAUAAUCUGCAAAAACUCAAGCAGUUUGUUCGAAGAAUGGACUCAAAGGGAGAAGCUGGCUGGCAGCUGGCAGCAAGAGACUUUGCCUAUACUCUGGCAUGGAUCUAUGAAGGAGUCCUUCUACUGGAGCAUGCCGCCAGGGCUGGCGCAUCAGCCACAAAUAUCUACGCUGCUCAGAGGUGGUGUCAGGAGGAUGUCUGCCUUGUGGACAGAGAAGAGAAGUCUGGUUCUUACAAUUCUAAAGCAGCUUCCCUGGAUAAAUCUUUGGUUUAUGAUGGGUAUUCUUCUCUGAGAGGAAAACUGUAACAAUUAACAGCUGAUCACUAAAAAAUGAAGAACACGAAUACAAAAUUAUUUAACAGUAAAGAUAAUAUCUCUGGCUUUCCACAACCCUUGGGUAAUGCUCUAUAUUCAAAGUGCUUGGUAUUAUGGCAUUCAAUUCUCAUUUUUAUCAUUUGAAUACCUGUAGUGAUGUCUGGCAACUUUUAUUCUCUCAAUUAAAAGUGAUUCUUAAUA